GGUAAAAGGUAAAGUAGGUACCUACUGUUUUUUGCGUCGGAUGCAAGUCCUAUGAUAGUAUGUAUUUGUACAUUAGGUACCGCAAUAAACAGUCAUGUUUACUUGUCGAGAAUUUCAGUAUGUAAUUCGGUCGUUUCGUCAUUUUUAUUCGGACAUAAGUAGUCGGAAAGUUAGUAUUUUAGUUAGUAGAUUUAGUAUUUUGAGUAAGAUAAAUUCUUAUUUUUUGUCGGAGCUUUUAUUACUAGCCUUUUUAAACGUUAUUUAUUCAAUAGUUUUACAAAAUGAUCUUAUUAUAGGGAAAUAUUAUAACUAGGUAUCAAAAUAUUUAUCCGCAUCGCUGUCAGCUGGGAUCGUGCCCAAAAGGCUAGCUGCAUUGCCACGCUGGAUGGUAAUGCAUAUCCUUUGACCGAAGUAUAGGCCAGCCCUUUGGUCACGAGUGGACUCCACUAAUCGCUUACUAAUUUCUCGAAAGAGUCUGUGGGCACCUGGGCCCCAUGGUCCCAGAGUUUCAACCCCAACUAGCCUUUUUUGUGUGUUGUUAUCAUGAAUAUAAAUGUCAAAAUGAGUUUGAAGUACGAAGCCUCUUACGUCAAAGUUAUAUUUGUCAAAAGUCCAUUAAGAAGCAUAAUCGUACGUCGGUCGUACCCUGUAGUAUCCGUAGUAGAAAAACCUCUAUCUAAUCACAAAUGAUAAAAUGAUUACAGUUCGUUGAAAGUGUUCAGAAUUAAAGAUGUACUUUGGAUAUUUUUGUCCAGAGCGGCGGGUGUUGAGCAUGGCGCGAGCGGCGACGCGGCGCGGCGCUCGGUGACGGGCGCCGGGCCGGCAUGGCGGACGCCGAGGCCGCGGGGCAGGCGGACGCGGUGCUGCUGGCGCCGCUGUCCGAGGACACGUUCCUGCACAACCUGCACGUGCGCUACAAGCGCGACAUCAUAUACACGUACGUGGGCAACGCGCUGGUGUCGGUGAACCCGUGCCGCGCGCUGCCGCUCUACUCGGCCGAGCUGGUGCGCGCCUACCUGGCGCGGCCGCCCUACCAGCUGCCGCCGCACCUCUACGCCAUCACGGCGACCGCCUACCGCUGGGUGCGCGACAGGAACGAGACUCAGUGCAUCGUCAUUACCGGCGAGAGCGGCGCCGGCAAGACGGAGGCGGCUCGCGUGUGCCUGCAGUGCGCGGCCGUGGCGGGCGAGGAGCGCGGCGCGGCGGGCGCGCUCACGGCGGCCGGCACGCUGCUCGAGGCCUUCGGCAACGCCGCCACGGCGCUCAACCACAACGCCAGCAGAUUUGGCAAGCUGCUGGAGAUCGAGUUUGACUUCAAGGGCGAGCCGGUGGGCGGGCACCUGACGCACUACCUGCUGGAGAAGGAGCGCGUCAGCGGCGCCGCCGACGGCGAGCGCAACUUCCACGUGCUGUACCAGCUGCUGGCCGGCGCCGACGCCGCGCUGCUCAAGCGGCUGCGGCUGCAGCGCGGCUGGGAGCAGUACCGCGUGCUGCGCGGCGCCGCCCCGCCGCCCGCCUCCCCGCGCCGCGCGCCCCCCCCGCCGCCGUCCGCGCCGCCCGCCGCCGCCGCGCUGCACGACCGCGACCACUUCGCCUUCACCACGGAGGCGAUGCGCGCGCUGGGCUUCAGCGGCGGCGCGUGCGAGGGCGUGCUGCGCGUGCUGGCCUUCCUGCUCAAGCUGGGCAACGUGGAGUUCGAGCCGCAGCACAACAUCGACGGCAGCAUCGGCACGCGCCUGCACCACCGCUACGAGCUGGUGGAGGCGUGCGCGCUGGUGGGCGUGGACGCGGAGGCGCUGGGCGCGGCGCUGGGCGCGGCGGACGAGGGCCCGGCGCCCGCGUGGCCGGCGGCGCGGCGCGACCAGCUGCUGCGCGUGCUGUACUCGCGCCUCUUCACGUGGCUCAUCAACGCCGUCAACGAGCACCUCAAGCCGGCGGAGGCGGGGCGCCGCUGCGCGCUCGGCAUCCUCGACGUGUACGGCUUCGAGGCGCUGGCGCACAACGGGCUGGAGCGGCUGCUCAUCAACUACGCGGCCGAGCGCGUGCAGGCCGCCGUCACCGCGCUCACGCUGCGCCGCGAGCAGGAGGAGUACGCGCGCGAGGGCCUGGCCUGGCGCCCGCUGCGCUACGCCGACCACGAGGCGGCCGCCGACCUGCUGGACGCGGGCCCCGACUCCGUGCUGGGCGCGCUGGCCGACGCCGCCUCCGACGCCGCCUUCCUCGCGCGCCUCAAGCGCCGCCGCCACCCGCGCCUGCUCGUGCUGCCGCCCGACCACUUCCAUGUGGCGGUGCUGGGCGGCGCGGACUCGGCGCUGCUGGGCGCGCUGUUCGCGGGCGGCGCGUCGCCGCGGCGGCCGGCGGCGCUGGGCACGCGGCAGCGCGCGCUGGUGGGCGCGCUGGUGCGGCGCCUGCCGCCCGCGCCGCGCCUGGUGCGCUGUCUGCGCGCCGACGCCGCGCUGCGCCCGCACCGCUUCGACGCCGCGCUGCUGCGCCGACAGAUCCAGGACCAGGGGAUCAUGGACAUGGCGCAGCUGCGGCGCCUCGGCUGGUGCGAGUCCAUGUGCGCCCGCGCCGCCCUCGCGCGCUACGGCGUGCUCGCGCCCCGCCCGCCCCACCCGCCGCCCCACCCGCCCCACUCGCCCCGCGCCUCGCCCGCGCGCGACGACCCCGUGCGCGCCGCGCGCGCGCUGCUGCGCCAGCUGCCCAUCCCCAGCGCCGAGUUCGCGUACGGCCGCACGCGCGUGUUCGUGCGCAGCCCGCGCACCGUGUGGGAGCUGGAGGCGCUGCGGGCGGCGCGCGUGGCGGCGCUCGUGGCGACCGCGCAGCGCCUGGCGCCGCCACCGCGCGCCGCCGCCGCGCCGCCGCGCAGGCCGUGCUGCUGGCGCGCCUGGGCGGCGACCGCGCGGCCCCUGCUGCUGCGGCUCUGGCGCCGCCUGCCGCCGCGCCACCUGUCGCCCGCGUGCGCCGCCUGGCCCGCGUGCCCGGCGCCGCGCCUGCUGGGCCGCGCCGACGCGCUGCUGCGCCGCCUGCACCACGCCUGGCGCUGCCGGCUGUACCGCGCCGCCUUCGACCAGACGGCGCGCAACCGCAUGCGCGAGAAGGUCACGGCCAGCGUGCUGUUCAAGGACCGCAAGGCCAACUACGCGUGCAGCGUGGCGCACCCGUUCGUGGGCGACUACGUGCGGCUGCGCGCGUCGGCGGCGUGGCGGCGCGGGCUGGGCGCGGCGGGGGACCGCUACGUGGUGUUCGCGGACGUGGUGGGCAAGGUGGCGCGCUCGAGCGGGCGCGUGGCGCGCUGCCUGGCGGUGCUGUCCACGGGCGCGCUGCUGCUGCUGGAGGCGCGCUCGCUGCGGCUCAAGCGCCGCGUGCCCGCGCACGCCGUGUGGCGCCUGUCGCUGUCGCCGCACCGCGACGACCUGCUGGUGGUGCACGUGCGCGCCGCCGCGCUCGACGCCGCCGACGAGCUGUCGCAGUGCUCCGAGCGCGACGCCGCCGACGCGCCCGGCUGUCUCUUCGGGGGCGAGGGCGCGUGGCGGCGGCGCGGCGACGUGGUGGUGCGCACGUGCCACGUGCUGGAGCUGGCCACCAAGCUGUUCCUGGUGGUGCAGAACGCGGUGGGCGCGCCGCCGCACGUCAACAUCGCCACCGAGUUCGAGGCCAACUUCGGGCAGCAGCUGGUGACGCUGUCGUUCCACGCGCUGGGCGGCGACGCGGCGGGCGCGCGCCUGCUGCGCCGCGGCUCGCGCAUGGACGUGCUCGUGUAGCCGCACCGGCGCCGCAGCACCGCAGACAAUACCGCUGAGAGCAGCGUGCUCGCACACCGACGUGUUCUUAAUGUACUAGGAUAACCCCACACUAGGAUCUUAUGAUACGGUAGCUAGCGGACGUCGGACGACUUAGUUGUAACACUAGUGGUAGGCGCCCCUAACGUCUAACAGUUGUAUAGCUCACUCAACGAACACCAAGCGCGUUUUGCUUUGAACCACCGUUGACUAAUUCCGUAAGAUAAACUUGAGAAGGGACUAUCUGCGGCCGUCCCCGCUAGCUACACCUCCGGCAUCGCUAUACACUGACAAUGCAAGCCGUACGGCUCGUUCGUUGAGUGGGCCAGUAAGCUAAGUAUUAUUAGGUAGACUAGUCGGCGCAGCUGUGUGCCUCGGGCCUCGGCUUGCAACCGAUAAAAAGCCAAAGUAAGUAGCAGGUGCCAAUAACUAAACAUAGUUGAUAAGUGAAGUUAGCGAGUGCGGGCAGACGGCGGCUGACGUCGCGGCGCUGCUCGCAGCUCAAGGCUGUUUGUUCACUGUUCGAUCAGAAAAGGUCUCAAGUGCUCUCUUAAUUUAAGUGAAUCGACGAGUAUGGUCCGUCAUCAGGACUUCGGUAGAAAUAUUGUCGAGCAGCAGUAAUACGAUAAUGACGGCUGGCCCCAGGGCAGCCGACACGUUGUACUCGAGCACGCACGGCUGUGCAUCAGAAUGACUGUCGCUCCCCAUAUCAUCCCGACUACCUAUUUGUAAACGACUCAAAAACUACUACUACAGAAACUCUGCCGACUUUAAAAGAUGAUUUUUUUCAAACUACGAAACAGCAAUUCGUAGCAGCAAUGGCAGCUGCUCUAUGUUUAUUUCGAGUGAUAAUAUGUGGAGUGGCAAUCUCACAGAGACACGGGUGUGCCGCCUGUCGGCCGCGCUUCCGCCGCCGGUCCGCCGCAUGUCCGCCGCAUGUCCGCGGAGCAGUUACUCAGAGUGUCGUCACUAACUAGUUGUAAUUAAUAAUAAUGUCGUUGCGCAACUUUACACUUUGUUGUCAAACUCCAAGCAGACUGUGCUCGGUGAUGUAAUGUUGGCGAGUGCGUUUACUGUAUUGAUGCAAUACCGAUAUACUAGUGUUAUGUUUGUCGUAGCUGUUGUACACUUUCCACGAAGUCGCGAGUAGUGGUCGGCGCCGGUGCAGUUUCCCUGACAUGUACAUGUGUCGUAAAGUCAGAAAGUCAGUAAGAGACGACAGCUAUUUUGUAAUAUUGUGGCUUCUAAAAUAUAAUGCUAGAGAAAACAUUAAGCGGUAAUCAAUGCAACUUGCUUUUCAUUUUGUUAAAGUGAAAAUGUGUAAUUGUGAAAGUACACAUAUUUUGCUCGUGGCUGUCGUGUUAAAAUCUAAAUCCAUGCAAAACUGCAAAGCAAUGCAGUACCCGGAUGGGAUUAUAAAGUUCAAUAUAUGUAUUUCCAUAUCCUGGCUGUAAGCGUCCUCCUCAACUAUGUCAAGCCAAUCGUUCAGCCGCAUUGACUUAUAAAUACGACUUUCUUUUGUACAUGAAUCCUUAAGGUAAUAUGUCCGAAAAUAAUACAAUUUAUCUCUCAUUUAGAAUCCUACGAAGGUUUAUAAUUUCCUAUGAAAUGUAUAUAAACUCAGCAGAGCUGGUUAUUUUCCGAUGACAUGUAUUAUGUCACACUUAUCUGACCAUAAAGCAAAUCGCAACAACCAACGGAUGAGCGAAGUGAAACUAUCGAGCGUUACACGCGCAGCACGGUCGGCGCCGAGCAGUCACGAGCGGCGAGGCGCGAGGCGCGGGGCGCGGGGCGCGGGGUGCGGGGCCCGCCGCGCUGCCACAGUGCGAUGCUGCUUGAUUGUUAAUAUUAUUUAUCAGUGCCUUAGUAUCUGUAUAGCCGACUCUUCCAAUAACGCGUGAGCGCGCUAUCAGAGAUCUUGUUGGCGCCCAUCAACAAAAUCUUUGUCCCCGUCAUAAGCUCGCUUAAGUGAUGCGGUAUCAUGUAGAAAUGGGGCCUGGUGGUCUGCGCCCCAGGUUGUCCCUGCGGCUAAGCCGGCGAGACUUGACUAGAGCGCAGGAAUGAGAAGCGGCGGAGUCGCACCUCGCCCGCGUCCCGCCCAACACACAUUCCGCAAUAGACUAUGUAAAGGUACUGAAUGGAUCAUACGCUUUAAAUAAUAAUAAUUAUGUACAUCCAUUAUAAUUAAUUCGGGGGAGUACCUCGGCGAUGUUAACUUUAAUACUUAGGUACGUACAUAGUGAAGUUUGGCAUUUUUGAAAUGAUUUUUAUAUCUCAUUAAAUAGAUUGAAUUAGUUUUAAGUAUGUAGUGUUGCAUGAGUGGUCUGUGUGUCGAGUGCAGGAAUGGCGAGAGGUCCCGGUGGCUCAGCGCUACAGACUCUACUGUAAUAGAUAAAUUAUAUUGGUGUUGACGCCGUUUGUGAAGUGACGGCGACGGCGCAGCGGCUCGCGUCGCUCUCAUCGCUCUCAUCGCUCUGCCGCAUGCCGCCGCCGUCGCUCUUCCACUAACUAUACAUUUUUGUUGAAUCAAAUGCAAUGUUACGUUUUUCGACGAACAAAAAAUGCAAAGGUUUUAACGUUUUUAAUAAAAACACAAAAAUGAGAA